AUGAGGCCUACAGGAAUGAGUAUCGGGACGAUACUAUAUGGCAGGAAUUGCACUCUAUGGUCUCCAAUGAUACAGAAUCGCAAGGAGACGAUAGGAUCACAAAUGUCCCCGGAGAUCAUCACAAGUCAGCAGAUGUUAUGGUCUUUUUUGGUGGGUCUAACAGCGGCAGUCGGAGGGUUUCUUUAUGGAUACGAUACAGGCGUCAUUAAUAGUUUACUGGAAAUGAACUAUUUCAAAAGCAAGUUCGCAAGCAAUGAGGCUAGGUUUACAGCUGUGGAGACUUCUAUAAUGACAGCUAGUUUAUCGCUAGGUGCUUUUUGUGGUGCUUUAUCCGCUCCUUUGACAUCGGAUAGUUGGGGAAGAAGAUGGUCUAUUAUUAUAGCCACGCUCAUAUUUUUUAACAUAGGCACCAUCAUACAAACAGUGGCCUAUAACAUUGCCAUGAUUGCUAUGGGCAGAUUUAUUUCAGGAUUGGCGGUGGGUAUUAUUUCUGCUGUGGUUCCGCUAUAUCAAGCUGAAGCUUCCCCAAAGAACAUCAGAGGUUCCAUUAUCUCGCUGUAUCAAUGGUCAAUCACCUGGGGACUACUAUGCUCGAGUGCUGUUGCUCAAGGGACUCACGACUUGAAUGAUUCCAGAAGUUUUCGGAUUCCUAUUGCUCUCCAAUUCUUUUGGUCGGCACUCUUAACUACAGGGAUGUAUGUGCUUCCGGAGUCACCGCGUUACUACGUCAGUAAAGAUCAACUGGAUAAGGCUAUUGCGUCCUUAUCAAGAUUGAGGCGCCUUCCAUGGGAUAGUGAGGAGUUAAUUGAGGAGCUCAUCGAGAUUAAAGCUAGCAGGGACUAUGAAAAAAGUUUUGGAGAAGCUCGUCUUAUUGAUUGCUUCAGAUCAUCCCCAAGUAGACAUAAGCAGGGAUUUAGAAUUAUGACUGCUACUAUUCUACAGGCGUUACAACAGUGUUCAGGAAUCAACUUUAUUUUCUACUAUGGUGUCAACUUCUUUAUGAAUACAGGUGUUGACACCUCAUAUUUGAUGUCCUUUAUCACGUAUGCUGUCAAUGUUGUACUAACAAUCCCAGGAAUAAUGCUAGUGGAGGUGAUUGGAAGAAGAAAACUACUGUUAUCUGGAGCCGCUGGAAUGUCUGUUUCCAAUUUGAUUAUUGGAAUAGUGGGUACAGUGGCAGAUUCCGUGAUUGUCAAUAAAGUAAUGAUUGCGUUUGUGUGCUCAUUCAUAGCAUUCUUUGCUUCCACUUGGGGUCCAUGUGUAUGGGUUGUUUCUGGAGAAUGUUUUCCUUUGUCUGUGAGACAAAAGUCGAUGGCUUUAUCCUCUGCUACAAAUUGGUUUGUGAAUUUUGUGUUCGCAUAUUGUACCCCAUAUUUAGUGGACACUGGUAACCACACAGCAGCGCUGGGAACCAACAUUUUCUUUAUUUGGGGUGGUUGUAACUUUCUGGGACUAAUUUUCACAUAUUUCUGUGUGUAUGAAACCAAAGGGUUACUUCUGGAAGAGAUUGAUCUAAUGUACAAACACAGCAAGUUUGCCUGGAAAUCCUCUGAGUUCAAGUCAAUAUUGGAAAAGAGAGUACUAGAAAGAAACAAUUUGCGGGACCAUGAGAUAGGAGAAGUAGUUGACCCAGAUCAGGAUGAGGGAGAGGACACUCCAAGGAAACCUAAAUCCUCCAAUUUGUCUUCGUCUUACGGAACUUCUAGUUCGAUUGAUAGGACCGAUUUUGAUCAAGAAGCUGAAACUGUUCCAUUACCAGCCUUCGCUUCUUCAGCCCUCUACGGUGAGAAUUCCGAAAAUUUUUUGCCAUCAACUAACACAGCAAGCCACGUACCAUUCGAAAUAAACCCAUCUAGCAGUUUUCCGGAAGAAGAUGAUGGAAUUCACGAGGAAGCGGAUGAGAAUCAUAUGAACAAUAACGACCCAAUGCAUGAAUCUUACAAUUACAGCAACAGCGACGAGCUGAAAGAUCUCAUCAAUAAUCUUCAAACAACACCUACAGAAUCGUCAAUACGACAGCGGUACCAAGGAUAUCAGGACGAUAACGACUCCGAUGAGUCGUCGCAAAACUCAUACACUAUGCAGGCAUAA